CUUUUUGUUUAAAGAUGAAUAUGUGUGGUUGUUGGAAAUUUGUAUAAUGAUUUGGUAGUGUAUUUUUGUUUUAUAUAUUUUUUUUAUGGUUGGUAGAAUUAAUCUUGACCAAUCUGUUAUUUCCUUAUUGGGAUGUCGUGUUAUCUUUUAAGCUUGAACCAAGAAAACAGUUAACAAAGAGAUUUCUUCUUCUUCUUCUUCUUCUUCUUCUUCUUCUUCCUCUUUCUGUUCAAAUCAUGGAGAAGAAGAAGAAAGGCGUCAAGUACUUGGUGGUGGAUGCUUUCACGGAUUCCGCUUUCAAAGGGAACCCAGCAGCGGUUUGCUUCCUCAACAACGAGAUCAGAGACGACGCGUGGCUUCAGUCUCUCGCCGCCGAAUUCAACAUCUCCCAAUCUUCUUUCCUUACUCCCAUCACUGGUUUCGAAGCUCGCUUCGGUCUCCGUUGGUUUACCCCUCUAGCCGAGGUGGAUCUAUGUGGUCAUGCAACUUUGGCAUCUGCUCACUGUCUCUUCUCCAAUGGUUUGGUUUAUUCAGACAAUGUCGAGUUUGUCACAAGGUCAGGGGUUCUUACAGCCAAGCGAGUUGAUGAUGGUGAAGCCAAAGGAGGAUCCUUUUUGAUCGAGUUGAAUUUCCCUGUGGUUCCAACUUGUGAUAUCAAUCUCAGUGAUGCAUCCUCCUCCAUGAUCACCAAGGCCUUGAACGGUGCUACCAUUCUUGAUAUUAAAGCUACUGCGACCAACAACAUCCUCGUUGUGCUUCCAUCUUUGGAAUCUGUCACUGAGUUGCAACCAGUAAUGGAUGAUAUCUUGAACUGCCCUUGCGAUGGCAUCAUUGUGACAGCUGCUGCUUCUCCAGGAUCGGCUUAUGAUUUUCACAGUCGUUACUUUGCUCCUAAACUUGGAGUUAAUGAGGACCCUGUUUGUGGAAGUGCACAUUGUGCAUUGGCACAUUACUGGAGCCUCAAGAUGAACAAGUGUGACUUCUUAGCCCACCAAGCUUCGCGUAGGAGUGGAACACUUGAGAUUCAUUUGGACAAGGAGAAGCAGAGGGUUCUCCUGAGAGGCAAAGCAGUUACUGUAAUGGAAGGCCAUGUCUUGGUCUAAUCUGAGAUCUCAUGUAUUGCUACAAAACAAGCUCCUUCAAUUAAUUAAUAAAGACAGAAAACCACUGAUAUGAAAUGUUUAUGUUUUCUGACCAUAUUUGUGGGGCUAGUGUUGUCAUUACAAUUAUUUGUUUGGGACCCUUUUUUUUUGUGGUAAGUAAAACAUAUGUAUUACAAUUGUCAUUACAAUUAGAUUUUAAAACUCGUUUAAA